GUUUCAUUAUGGUGAAGAACCAUCCUGUUGAUGGUGUGUCACGUUUGAAUCCUUCGAAAUAUGACUGGAAAAUUCAGGUAAAAGUGUUAUGCUUAUGGGAGGAGAAUUGUUUAAAACUUGGACCAAGUUUGGAGAUGGUGAUCGUCGAUAUUCAGGUUAUACACGUGGGAAAGUUCGAUAAUUGGGAUCAUGUAGACGGCGACGAUGAGCAGAAGGAUCGCGUUCAAGUUGUGUCUAAAUCAAGUUCCGUCUAUGUUCGUCAUCUCUUUAAGUUUAUUUGCCGAGAUGGACUGCCUAACAAGGGAUACACUUCCAACUCCGUCGUCUUUAUGAUUCUGAGGUCGAAGAUUCUGACGAUGAUAGAUGGAUAUAUGAAUGAUGGAUAUGGCGAUGUUGAUAAUAGUGAAGAAGAAGAACAUGAAAGCGAUGAAUCGGAGACUGAAACUGAUGGCUAUGAUGAUGGUGAUAGCGAUGAAGAUGAUACUGGUUAUAAUGAUACACAAGAAGGAACAGAUGGAGAGGAGGAAUAUGAUGCAAGUGAAUCUAAUGAAGAUGACGACCAAAAAGAAGCGGAUGAAAAAGAACUGUGUCUAACACCGUUUGUACCCAAGUAA